AUGUUCUUUUUAUCGACAUAAUAUAAGAAAUAAAUAUGGCGGCAUCAGCUGCUUCUCGUACUAUGUUCUAUAUGCACUAAAUAUGAACGUACCAUAAAUGUAAAGGAAAUAGAGCUAUCGAAUUUGUUCGAGAUUUGUAUUAUAAACUUUCUUCUUUUUUUCUUUUCGUAUAUGUAAAAAAAAAAAGCAAAUAGAUUAUAAGCAAAUAGAUAUAAAAUGUACUACUUCUGUUACUUGUGUCAAUUUUUGAUUAAAUAUCCCAGUGCAGUUAUUUUACAAAAAUAUUUUGACGUAUGAAAGUGUCACGCCUGUGAGUUGUCAAGGAUUUUAUUCAUUUAUACAUCUACAUUGUGGAGUAACAUAAUUUAAGGAAUAAAAAAUUAUUUCCUUAAUAAUAAUUCGUCAUUAUGGAGGAUAUGCAAGAAGAGACUCAAUUUGUGGUUGAUACCGUAAGCAAAAUUAUUAAAGAAGCUAUAGAAGUAUCUAUCGGUGGAAAUGCUUAUCAGCAUAAUAAAGUUAAUCAAUGGACAUCGAACGUCGUUGAAGCUUGUCUAGGAAAUCUUACCAGGCUGCAAAAACCAUAUAAAUAUAUUGUUACGUGUACAAUCAUGCAAAAAAAUGGAGCUGGAUUACAUACAGCGAGCUCGUGCUUUUGGGAUAAUGCUACCGACGGAAGCUGUACCGUACGUUGGGAAAACAAGACUAUGUAUUGUAUCGUUUCUGUAUUUGGUUUAGGGAUAUAAUGAAGGAUAACUUUCCAAAUAAUCUAUAUAUUUCAUGAUUAAGUAAUAAAUAUAGUAAUAUUAAAACAAAA